CAACAUAAUAAGCAUAUACAACAAAAUCUAGCAUUUCAAUAUUAUUAUUUUAGGUUAGAGUGUUUGGAGGUUAAUUUUUUAGAUUAAAAUAAAGGAUUUUGAAUUGGAAUCGAAAUGUCGAAAGCAGGAGCCAAGUUGAAGGCUGUAAAAAAGGUCGUGGAUAAGAUCCAACACGGCCAUCUUCGGACAAAUAUAGCGGCUGGUUUAGCUGCUGCUGGUCCCCCAUUGGGUCCAAUGUUGGGACAACGGGGUAUCAAUAUAGCUGCUUUCUGUAAGGAUUUUAAUGAGAGGACAAAAGACAUUAAAGAAGGUAUUCCCUUACCUUGUCGAGCUGUAGUGAAUCCUGACAGAAGUUAUGAUAUUUCUAUAAAUAAACCCCCAGUAAUAUUUUUCUUGAAACAAGCAGCAGGUAUACAAAGAGCAGCCAUGAAUCCAGGCAAUGAAGUUGCUGGUAAAGUCACCUUAAGGCAUAUUUAUGAAAUAGCUGCAAUUAAGAAGGAAGAUCCUUCUCUUGAGAUAAAAUCCAUGGAAGAACUAUGCAACAUGAUUAUUGGUGUAGCCAAUUCGUGUGGGAUUAAAGUAGUAAAGGACUUGGAUGCAAAUGAAUAUGGAGAAUUCUUAGCUGAAAGGAAACUUAUAGUUGAGCAACAGAAGAAGGAACUGCAAGAAAAGAAAGAAGCUAAAAUGUUGAGGACAGGAUAAUUGUUUAUGGCCGCCAAGUACCUUAAAAACAGAUUUAUUGGAGAUGUAUCACUUUUCCAAAAUACAUCAACCACAUCUAUAACUGAUAUUAAGGACAAGAAACCUGCCUAACCAGAAACAGUUUGUAGUGAUUUGUACAUAAUUUAAGUAGACAUCUUUGAAUAAAUGUUUAGAAAUGC